AUGCAGUACAGUACAGCUCCUGCCUCAGGACUGGAGUUCCUCUGGCUACCUCAGGUUUCCAUGUGGAGAGGCAGGGAGUUCCAUGGUGCCACUUUAUCCCCUCUAUUGUUUCCCAAGCCUCAGGAGAGAUCACUUACCACUGGUGAAUCCAGCCAUGAAAAUGCAGAAAGCUGUUUGGCCCUGGAGACUGGCUCCUUGUGCAUGCAGGCGUGAGAGGCGCACCGCGGCUUCACGUGCCAACGCGUUAAUGGAGGCCCCGGGGAGCCACAAUCUCCUCAAUAAAUGAUUAAGAUAGACCAGGCUCUCUCUUACAGAACCCAGUCUCCUGAGUUGUGACAAGGGCACAUCUGUCCCAGUCUAGGUCAGGCCCCUGCUUCCAGUACAGUCCCGCUCCCCCCUUCUGAAUGUUGGAAUUAAUGGCUAAGUUGUGUGUACUUAAUAAGACAUUCCAGAGAGGGUGGACAGGAGGAUACUGACAAGAAUGGUACAGAAUGUUAUUAGGACCUGAUUGAAGACGUCUGGACAUGUUCUUGUUUUAAUCUGAUUGGAUAGAUGGUUUACAUGAGUCUAGUAUUCAAAUCAUCAAUUCCCGUCGUGUUUUGAUGGCCCACUUUUUGCCUGGUGAGUGUGAACAGCUUGCUUUUUCUCCAAGCAGAGCAUCAUGCUGCUGGUGGGAACCCUGGCUGCUAGGAGGCUGCAGGAACUAGUUCCUGGACAAUACAACCUGAUUCUCUCAACAUGCAACAGCAUUCUGGAGGUUCCAGUACAUGUAGGCACAGUGACAAACACAGAGCCCUGGUAACUGGAAAUUACAGGUUUUGGAAUUUAAAUUCUAUGUGAGCGUUGAUAGAUGGUUCUUAAGAUGUUAAAGGUUAUAUGUAGAACCCUUUGCCUUACAAAGAACCCUUUUCUUCCAAAAAGGGUUAUUCUGAUCAAAACGGUUCUUGGUAGAACCCUAUCCCUCCGCAUAUAACCCUUCUGGAACCCUUUUUUGGGUUGUGUCGGUAUGUGUGUGUGUGUGUGUUAUGUGUGUGUAUGCGUAUGUAGUGUAUGUGGAUGUGUGUGGGUUUUGUGUGAGAGUGUCAGUGUAGUGUGUGUGAGUGACUGUGUAUAUAGUGUAUUAAUACUGUAUAGUCUUGUGAGUGUGCAUAGAGUCAGUGCAAGAUAGUCCGGGUAACCGAUUAAUUAACUAUUUAUCAGUCUUAUGGCUAUUUAGCAGUCUUAUGGAUUGGGGGUAGACGCUGUCUUGGAGCAUGUUGGUCCGAGAGCCAUUUUUCGGGCUUUCCUCUGACACCGCUUGAUAUAGAAGUCUUGGAUGGCAGGGAGCUCUGCCGCUGUGAGGGGAUCUGAUGAGGUCCAAUGAGGAUCCGAGGGCAAAUGCCAAAUCUUUUCAGCCUCCUGAGGGGGAAGAGGCGCUGUCGUGCCCACUUCACGACUGUGCGGGUGUGUGUGGACCAUGUUAAGUCCUUAGUGAUGUGGACGCCAAGGAACUUGAACCGCUCAAUUCACUCCACUACAGCCCCUUGGAUGUGGAUGGUGGCGUGCUCUCCCCUCUUUGUCCUGUAGUCCUCGAUCAGCUCCUUGGUCUUACUGACAUUGAGGGAGAUGUUGUUGUCAUGGCAUCUUUAACCUCCAUCCUAUAGGCUGUCUCAUCGCCGUCGGUGAUCAGGCCUACCACUUUCGUGUCAUCAGCAAACUUCAUGAUGGUGUUGGAGUCGUGUGUGGCCAUGCAGUCAUGGGUGAACAGGGAGUACAGGAGGGGGACUAAGCACUAAGAUAGGUUUACUAUUUUCUAUUUCCUGUGUGAUUUUAUCCUGUAUGAGUCAUCAUAGAUGCUCUAAAGUUUUAAUUAGCUGCUGAGUCUGAGCCACAGAUUCUAACAUCGUCUCCCUGGUCCCAUAAUAAUCAGCUUAUCCCCCUCUAACCCCAGCCUCCUAGCCUCCUCUCCUAGUGGGACCAGUGUGUGAUGGAGACCAGGUGGUCAGGGUUUUAUUUGGGGGAGAGGAGCAGCACCAGCCCAGUACAGGUGAAAUAUUUAGAGGAAGUCUGUGGCCUCGUUCCCAGUCUUCACCACCAUACAGUAUGAACCUGGCAGGCGACGCUACGGGGAAGUGGCUGAGUGGAGAAUGUGCUCUGUAUCCCCGCUUACUUACAUUCCCAUUACAGCAGAACACAGCAGAUCUCUGAAGGAUACUCUCUGGGGUCAAUAAAGCUUAAGUGCUUGAUAAAUGUCUUGAGUGCUUAAGAAUUAAUUUAAUAAAUCUACCUCAUAACGAUCUGCUCUUUACAACCGUCUGAUGUUAUGUUCUCUGUUUAAAAGAACCUAUAGAUUUCCUGGGUGAUCAUUAAUUGUUCUCUACAUUUCACGGCUGUUACUUGGAAAGGCUUAAGAACUUGAUUGUUGAUUUUCCGUUUCAAGCAGAGCUGUGUGUGUACUGUAUGUAAUGGGUUCUGGAUAAGUUGCCGUGCAUGCAUGCGUUGGUGCGCUCUGGGUCCCAGGCCCCAUGCUGUGAUGCUGCUGCUGCGGCGGCAGAGCCUGAGCUUGAACCUCACACAGGUUGAGUGCACUACAUUAACACUGCAAUCACUCACACACCACAGGCCCCGAAGCUAAGGAAAGUAAUCUAUUAAUGAAACCAGAAGAAUUACCCAAGGGCUCUACCGCUCCUGGUACUCUCAGUGCUUUAAACCACACACACACAUACACACACACACACACCAGUCACACAAAAGCCAACAGCAUCGUGUUUCCCUCCCCCUCGCUAUAAAAUGAAACCAUCUUUUAUUAAUGUUCUGUGUUGCAAGGUUGACAUGGAGCCCAUUUUAAUGAUUAAUCUGAAAGGAAAGUGGGCAUUGUACUCAAGGGGACCCUUAGGAAAUAGGGUAGCAAUGAUGCUGUUUCAGGCCUGGGGAUUAUUUUGCUGGUCAGACUUUUUGUCAUUCUAUCAUUGUACGUAUACGUUGUAGGCCUAUGGCUAUCUGCUCCAUUAUAAUAUCUGGCUAGAGUUCCAUCAACGUUGUGUCCUGUGAAGCCUCAUACCCUGCAGGAGCUCUGGCUGUCUGUUUGGACACACAGACAUUAUGGAGACUGGGGUUGUUCAUCUUUUGUCAGUUAAAGCAACCCAACCAUUUACAAGGAAACACGUUAAGUGCAUUGCAUGGAAGAUUUGCUAUUGUUGGCGCAGCAUUCCCUCCAGGGUGAGCUAUUGUACAGUACAUUACAGUUUAAUGACAAAAUUAAGAUUGCAACCAACAGAGAGAACACAGGAGAGGAAAACGCUUGUGAAGCAGUCUGACAUUUAAUAGAAUUAUCCCACCUUUUAUUGGCUGUGCUACUACUUAUGCGUAUGGUAGUAUUAGUACAGGACAGGCAUUUUGCCACAGGUUUAGCCAAAUGUUUGUAUGAUUUAUGAUGAAUUAAGGCUGGGAAUUGCAAGGGACCUCACGAUCCGAUAUUAUCACGAUACUUAGGUGCCGAUACAAUAUGUAUUGCGAUUCUAUAUGUAUUGUGAUUCGAUACUGUGAUUGUAUUGUGAUUCGGUGUUCCAAACAUAUUGCUCACCAUAUGUUUGCUGCAGAGGGACAAGAAAGAGCCAUGAGAAAAUGAGUUUUGAUCAGUCAUGAAAAUAAAAGGGCUGAAAACAAAUUGGACCCCUGUUUAAAAAGAAGAUGGAGAACAAGCUAUGAAGGAAAAAUACUGGAGUUUUGGUGCAGGUACAGUCAACUAGCGCAAAAAUAAUAUUGCAAUAUUGUCAAAAUGAUACGAUACGAUAUAGCGUCAAAAAUAAUAUCCCGAUUAUGUAACUGUAUCGAUUCUUUCCCCCCCAGCACUAUUAUGAUUCAUCCUCUGGAUUUGAUGGCUGAGCAUGCAAUCUGUUUACAGGAUGUGUGGAAAGAGGGCUCCCUUACUACAUUCUUAGAAAAAAAGUGCUAUCUAGAACUUAAAAGGUUUCUUUGGCCGUCCCCAUAGGAGAACCCUUUAAAGAACCCUUUUGGGUUCCAGGUAGAACUAUUUUGGGUUCCAUGUAGAACCCUUUCCACAGAGGGUUCUACAUGGAACCCAAAAGGGUUAAACCUGAAACCAAAAAGGGUUCUACCUGGAACCAAAAAUGGUUAUCCUAUGGGGACAGCAAAGAACCCUUUUGUAACCCUUUUUUCUAAGAGUGCACUCAACUGUAAAAUGUCACGAGGGGUAACAGAAUGCAUAGGUUUUCACACCAGAUGCUACUGCCACAAUAACAACCACUGUUCACAUGAACCAACCAGUGUCUUUAUCGGAGAUGCUAUUUGAUUUGGUUAGUCAAUGGUCACACCAGUGGAUUCUAUUGGCAGUUUGGUCGACACCCUUUAACAAUCCAUGACCAACCCAGCUGAAGAGACGCUGCAUUAGUUUUAAUUAGGAAUUCACCAGCAUCAUUCAUUAGAUCCUUUAUUCCCACCACACCGUCACACAGAUCCUAUAAUUACAGAGCCUGUUGGAGGGAAAUAAUGCAGCUCGGCUUUGUGUGGGGUAGAGAGAUGACUCAGGGAGGGAGGGAGAGAGAGAGCGGAGAAGUAGCGGGAGAGGGAGAGAGGAAUGCUAUGGAAUACUAACACACUUGCUGUCUGCAACAAAAGCCAGGCUUCCUGUCUGACUCAAUGUGUCAUCGUUUGCCCAUAUACAGCACUGUCUUCCAGCCUUUUUUGCUUUGUCAUUGGCUCGCCUUGGCAUGGAUUUCUGCCCAGUGGUGUUUUUUGAGGCCGGUGCAUCUCAGAACAAUGUGUAUUGUCUAUUUACUGCUUUUAUAAACUACAAGUUAUUAAAGUUGAAUAAACAAAGUUUAAUUCUAUAUGCAAGGUGAACAAGAAUGUUUUAUUAUGACAGGAUAUUGUGUCAAUACUCAGAGUGAGAGACUGUGAUUGAUCUUAUUGAGGGAUCUUUGACCUAUUUUAUAAUGAUGUAAUAUGCAUAAUCGAUAAGCGUGUGUGUCCUUGCGCAAUGCAUUGGCCCUUUCAUGCUUCUAUUUUUGCCUGGGGUGAGUAAGCAGGCAUGUCGGGUUGAGUUGUGAGCUGGAUGUGAGGGAGAGGUCUAGAAGUGACAGUGGCAAUCGCCCAUGGAGGUCCGCGAGCUCUAAGUCUUACUGUGCAAAGGUCAGACUGUUAGCAGCGCUCGCUCGCACUGAUAUUUGGCUGGAGAGUCACGGCAGGCACCCGGUAAGCCUUCUCUGACAGGGCUCUCUCUUAAUGAAGUGUGUUAUCUGGAGCCUGAGUAAUGACAUUGAGGAGACUACUGCUCGAAGAGACACUUCCUCUGCCAUCACAGGCCCAAUGAGGACAGAGAGAGUGACUGAGGCUGACUCUAGCAGCCCAGACUGCCCUGGUCUAGCCUGGCCUGAGGUGACCUCCGCUCACAGCUCAAGGGUCAUACUGUUCUUAAUGGUGAGGGGAAGGGACAUGUCUUCUUGUCCUCUGGACUGGAGAGAUCCAGUGAGAUCCAGUAGCAGCAGCAGCCAUCAGGUGGUGUCCAGGCCAACAGCAGCAUGUUACCCACGCAUGGCCAGAUGUGUCUUAUUCCCAGCAGGCCUAAGCCCCCUCUGUGUCAGGAGCUCAUUUAGGGAAUCCUCUGCUGUUCACCCACACAUCACGUUGUGCUUUGCAUGCUUCAAUCGUAUGCAUUUAAGGUCGACUACUCCCAUCUGUCAGACAACCAAAAAUAGACAUGCAGAGCUCUGACUACGCUGAGGGCAUCAUGAACAUCUCUGGUUGCUAUGCAAAUGUAGACAGUGGGAAAUGCUAGAGAUAUGGAUGUGCUGUAGAUACAAAUGUGGAUUAACCACAUUAUCAUCCCAUCCAAGGUCACUAAACAGUCCUCAUUGGCUGACAUGUUAUCAAUAGCAGUGUGACAGAUUCAUCUGACACAUGAUAUGCUUGACCUUGAAGCGUGUUCCUUUAAAAGUUUGCGUGAAGACUUAUGAGUUUAUAUGAGUUUGAUUGUGAGGAGCAUGUGUGUUGACUGACCCCAUUACAAAGCUCCAUUAAACGGCCCCAAGUGAGCCAGUGGGGAGGGUGUGAGGUGGCACGUGAGGCCUGUUUGUCCCUGGCAUGGGGAGGGAGAAGGAGAGGGAGGACAGUGGAGCGAUCAGCUCCACCAUUAAUCUCAGUUCUCUCCCUGGCACUGAUGUAUCACCUCCUCAUCCACAUCACAGUUAUUAGUAAGACUGGGAGAUGCAAUCCUCUUAAUAUGUCACACAUGUCAUGCCUAGAAGCCACAGCUUCAGCACCUGAAUGUGUAUAUCCUCUUCAGCUAUUAAAAUGCAAUGGCACUGAGUGAUAAACAGAUCAUUCACAUUUAUUGAUUGCAUUUCUUUUCUGUUAUAGCAUUGCUUUGAAGAUGACUUUUUACAUUGGUACUGAUUCAUGAUAUUGUAAUAAUUGUAAUAAUUUAGACUGUAGUUUCCUGAUGUUGCACAGUAAUCUGUGAGGGGUUCCAGUGUGUCAGAAUUCUAGUCCACCCAGUUUCAGUACAUAUGCUUAUCACAGAACCACUGCCAUUAUUCUAGUUAGCUGACUAACAGACACAGUGUUAAGCUGACAGCCUGACUGAGUCUGCAGUAUAUAACUCCCAGGUUGUAGGUAGAGAUGUGUAUUAGUUGCCUUGCCUGCUGGAUGGAUCACCACCCUGUUCCAAUGAGCUGUAAUCAUCCCUGGUGUGUGCUUAUGCUAAUACCAGCAGCCCUUACAAAUGCCUUAAGCUCCACCAGAGGGAAAACAACUUAUUAUGGUAGUGUGCAAUGUUUGCUGGAAAUCCAAAUAACGUAUCUUUCUGGAAUAAUUCAGAGAGGGUGGAUAUUAUUAUGGAAAACAUGUUGGUUUGAGUGACUACCCGAACGGUUUUGGCUAUGAACUAAUGCUAAUAUGACCCCUCUAUGGAAAGAUGAGGCUCUCACGAGCACGAUGGUGUUCUACGUUUUUCUCUACGACCCCCAGAAGCGUCACGGGACUUGUCUGAAGUAGGUACCGCCUAUCUGCAAACUUCUAUCUGAGGCGUCCAAACAAUUUGGGCUACACACUAAUAUGACCCCAUAAUCGAAAGGUGAGACUCUCACGAACACGUACAUGUUGCCUCACAAGACUCAUCUUAAGGUAGCCCGGUACCAGUUAAAAGAAUGUAUGGAAGUGCAGUACCAGUCAAAAGUUUGGACACACCUACUCAUUCCAGGGUUUUUCUUUAUUUUUACUGUUUUCUACAUUGUAGAAUAAUAGUGAAGACAUCAAAACUAUGAAAUAACACAUAUGGAAUCAUAUAAUAACCAGAAAGGUGUUAAACAAAUCAAAAUAUAUUUUAUAUUUGAGAUUCUUCAAAGUAGCUGCCCUUUGCCUUGAUGACAGCUUUGCACACUCUUGGCAUUCUCUCAACCAGCUUCAUGAGGUAGUCACCUGGAAUGCAUUCCAAUUAACAGGUGUGCCUUAUUAAAUGUUAAUUUGAGGAAUUUAUUUCCUUCUUACUGCAUUUGAGCCAGUCAGUUGUGUUGUGACAAGGUAGGGGUGGUAUACAGAAGAUACAGCCCUAUUUAGUAAAAGACCAAGUCCAUAUUAUGGCAAGAGCAGCUCAAAUAAGCAAAGAGAAAUGACAGUCCAUCAUUACUUUAAGACAUGAAGGUCAGUCAAUACGGAACAUUUCAAGAACUUUGAAAGUUUCUUCAAGUGCAGUCGCAAAAACCAUAUAAUAAUAAUAUGACAUUUAGCAGACACUUUUAUCCAAAGCGACUUACAGUCAUGCGCGCAUACACAUUUUUUGUGUAUGGGUGGUCCCGGUGAUCGAACCCACUACCUUGGCGUUACAAGCGCCGUGCUCUACCAGCUGAGCUACAGAGGACCACAAGGACAGACACGUCAAAGCAUACUUCCUUUAGAUUUAUUUUUUUACUGUCUGUUUUGCCAUGUAUGAAUAUGUUAUUCAAUGCGUUUCUAUGGGCUAAUAGCAUUAAGUAUUUUGGGGGGAUACUUACAGCAGUCCUAACAUUCUAAAUCAAAUAGCUAAAAUGAUCCUUGGUAUGACCAUCUUAAAACAGUUCCAUAUGUUAGCUUAGUUUAAACCCGGGACCUUAAUUAAUGCCGUUAAAUCCCUUCUGUUUGCCAUCUAUCAUAUGCAAUUCUUCUCAGCAUAGUAUACUGUAUAUAGAGUAUUAUGAGUUUGACCAAUCAUCAUACUUAUACUGUGUGAUACUUGGUUAACCUUCAUUAAACUUUAGAAUAUCACGCAGAGGUGCUGUAACACACCAUUUGUCUCUCUAAAUGUACAGGCCUAGAGGUACAGUAAUUUUAGGGAGAAGAAACACUUGCAUUAAACUCAGUGUAGAGGGUCUGGACUCCAUAGGGAGGCUGAGUUAGUCCAUAGGAAUCGCACCUUUGGCUGUGGAGAAUAUAGGAGACUGACGGGGGCAUCAGAUGUGCAGUAGAGAGUCAGUGGAGGAGUGUGCCCACUGUGCCCAGUCCUCUGUGCCACUGUGUGGUGUGCCAGACUGCUGCUCUGAGGGCAGCAUGCCCACACGCAAGCAAGGGAGGGUCACCACACUGGGCCAGUCCAUCAGUCUAACCCAGCCAGAUCUCAGCACACUUAAUCCACUCUCUCAUUGUUCCUCAGCUAUGGAGGGCUUCUGGCCCAGACUCAGCAGAUGGCUGUGGUGGCUGUCAUCAAUAUUGGAUGAAUCCUAGAUGUCUCCACAGGUUCUGGGAAAUAUGAAGCGCAUUUCUCUAUCAGUAAUUACCUCCCUCUUCCCCUUAGUCUCACACUCAAACUUUGGCAGAGGUUCACCCUCAUGUCCUGAUGGAGUUGUUGAGUUCCUGGGAUGGCCCACUUAUGUCCUUUAAGUGGGGGUAUUUCCUCAAAAUUGCCUGCUUACAGAAAUUUGUUGUGCUCUUUUCUUGUGUUCGCUGUCAGUUCCUCAUGUUAUUGUUUUCUCCUUGUCUUGCAGCGGGAUGCUAAAGGACAGUAUCUGUUCGACCUGAUCUGCCACCACCUGAACCUACUGGAGAAGGACUACUUUGGCAUCAGAUAUGUGGACCCAGACAAGCAGCGGGUGUGUGUGUGUGAGUGCCUGCGUGCGUGCUUGCGUGCGUGUGUGUGUCCCUGUGCUGGAUGAAGCAUACUGCAGUAAAGGUGACGGUUCAAAGAGAUACAGGGCCAGAUUGAAGAUUCAUGUUAUUUACUUUCUUUCAUAACACACCAUUUCAGAGUGACACUCGUUCCAUCAGCAGCAGCAGCAGAGCACUGAAGGGUAUUACUCUCUCUCAGAGAGAGCUUGUAGCGGCACUGCUUGAUUCAUGAAGAAUUUACAUGUGCUCAGAUUGUGUCUUUUAGCCACAGAGACAAGACACCGGUCCUGCUGAUCCUGCAUUUCCAAUGCUGCCACUCAGGGCUAUUUCAGUGGUUGUUGUUGUGGUGAUGAGGUGGUGAAGAGAGGGGCUUGAUGGAGUUAAUGUUCCCAGAAGGACAGGGGGAUGAAUCAGGGCCUGAUAUACUGGCAGAACCAGAGUUACCUUCAGCACUGAGCUUAGAGAGUACUGCCACAGUGUGUGUGUCUGUCUGUCUGUCUGGCCAGGCCCAGGCAUACUGGUGUAGUAUCAUCUGAUAGAACAUCCAUUACUGUCAUUUAUAGACAGAGAGGUUAUCUGUAUGGGCCUUUACUGUUCAAUUUGCUUCAGCAUGAUGUUGAUUUAAUGAAACAAAUCAGGACUUGAUAGCAUGAAUGAUGGUGUGUUUUAGAUCCAAAGCUGACAUGACAUGACACAGGCUUUCACACAUCUUUAGAUGAACGGUCAUUCCUGUCUAUUGCAUUUAACCUGCUAGCUUUGUAGAGUGAUAUGAGCGUGGUGUCAGGAGUAACAGCUCAGCUCAGCUGUAAUUAAGGCAGUAGAAGCAGGAUUUUCAGACGUUUCACUUUUGUCACACUUUGAUCAUGUGUCUUUUUUGUUGUUGAUGCAGCAUUGGUUGGAGGUCACAAAGUGUAUUGCCAAGCAGAUGAAAUGUAAGUAUUUUGAGUGUCUUCCUGUUCACACUAUGAUAAUUCUGCUAAUUGAGCAAUUAUAGUUUUCAUCAGCAUGGGGUCUCUAAUGACACAUCAUGUAAUCUGACUAAUGGGCGGCAGGUAGCCAAGUGGUUAAGAGCGUUCGGCCAGUAACCAAAAGGUUGCUGGUUUGAAUCCCUGAGCCAACUAGGUGAAAAAUCUGUCGUUGAGCCCUUGAGCAAGGCACUUAACCCUAAUUGCUCCUGUACAUUGCUCUGGAUAAGAGUGUCUGCUAAAAUGUAAAUGUAAUGAUUGUGCAUUUGAAUACAGAUGGUAGGAAGUUACUGUAUUAUGAUUUCAACAGAUCAAGAUUCUCCAUUUGACUGUGAGUAUGGACAGAAAAGAUGAACUGUCCCUCAAAAAAACUCACAUAAAUCCUAGCAGAAGAUAAUCCACACUAAGGUCUCUCACCCACUCUCUUGUCUUUGCAACUCAUCAUCAACUGUGUCUUGCUAGUUGUGGAUACAGAGCUUAAGUGAGAUUCCAUUAACCUAAUCUAUUGUAUACUGUGCUAUGAUAUGAAGUAAAGAUCUAAACUCAUUUUCAUUUAUGGUAAUCAUUUUUCAGUGCCACCUUCAAAGAUUGGUUAAUUCAUGGGAGCUGUUUAAAUUGAGUAGCCAUUUGAAAUGCUAAUAUGUUAACUGAAAUGGUUUAAUCAAUUCAUGUUAGCACUAUGUUAGAACACUUUUGCAAGGUGGUGCUUUUAGAGCAUUUUUUCAGUUAAUCAUUUGAACUCUGACCAUGAAAUGUUCCUGACUAUUUCGUUCUCCAUUGCUGACUCAAGCCUUUGUCCCCCAGCCCAGCCUCCGUUCACCAUGUGUCUCAGAGUCAAGUUUUACCCUCCUGAUCCCGCUGCUCUCAAAGAGGAAAUAACCAGGUAGGACUUUGUGUGAUACUCAGCAAAGUAAAGAAAUGCCAACAACCACUCCCCCAGCGACAACUCUGGGCUCCUCUAGUAUAAAGAAGAAGUCAGGUAAAGCAGCCAUGGCUUUGUGUAUCAAAGAUUUUAAUAACUUUUGACUUUUCAAAAUCAGUUUCAAAGCACCCUCUGUUGUUUACCACCUUCUCUCACACUUUUCUUUUUCUCCAGAAAUGUUUGCGUGCUGAAUGCACAGACAGUAUUUUUAGUUUUUCUAGACAUUAUUGAAGGGCCUCCAUAAUUAAAAAAGUCUGAGCAUUUUGUGUCUAAAAUAGUGCGAUAAAUAUUAAAAAGAGACGGUGCUGUUUGAAGUAAAGUUGAGAUGUAUGUAAAAAGCCUUCCUAAAUAAGCUGGCGGGAGAGCCUGUUCUCAGAAAUGUCUGCUAAAUUGGGAGGCUGUGUAGCUGGCCUGUGCUCUGCGUUGGUCUCUCUGGAUGGCUGACUGGCUGACUGGCUGGCUGUUGAGGGAAGGUAGGGAAGGAGGAGGACUGAGGGUCAGUGACUGCUAGCAGACUCCUCUAAAUGAUACAUGAUUAGCCCCCAGCUAGCUCAGAUUGGAAUCAUUUUUGCACUGUUCUUCGCCUGACUCCCUCAUCCCCUAUGCAGUCUGCAAUGAGGUCACCCAGAAAAGCCUCUCUGUGCCCUCAAUAGGGCCUUUAAACACCCUCUGAUAUGUUCUGAUCUCUACCACCUGAUGAUAACAUCAAAUAAGCAAGUACAGUGCAUUUGAAAAGUACCCCUUCACUUUUUCCACAUUUUGUAACAUUAAAGCCUUAUUCUAAAAUUGAUUAAAACACAUUUUUCCUCAUCAAUCCUCAUCAAUCAAUUCCUCAUACACACAAUACCCUAUAACGAUAAAGCAAAAACAGGUUUUGGGAAAUUUUUACAAAUGUAUCAAAAAUAAAAACAGAAAAAUCAAAUUUACAUAAGUAUUCAGACCCUUUACUCAGUACUUUGUUGAAGCACCUUUGGCAGCGAUUACAGUCUUGAGUCUUCUUGGGUAUGAUGCUACAAGCUUGGCACACCUGUAUUUGGGGAGUUUCUCCCAUUGUUCUCUGCAGAUCCUCUCAAUCUUUGUCGGGUUGGUUGGGGAGCAUCACUGCACAGCUAUUUUCAGGUCUCUCCAGAGAUGUUCUAUCAGGAUCAAGUCCAGGCUCUGGCUGGGCCACUCAAGGACAUUCAGAGACUUGUCCCAAAGUCACUCCUGCGUUGUCUUGGCUGUGUGCUUAGGGUCGUUGUCCUGUUGGAAGGUGAACCUUCGCCCCAGUCUGAGGUCCUGAGCGCUCUGGAGCAGGUUGUCAUCAAGGAUCCCUCUGUGCUUUGCUCUGUUCAUCUUUCCCUCGAUCCUGACUAGUCUCCCAGUCCCUGCCGCUGAAAAACAUUCCCACAGCAUGAGGCUGCCACCACCAUGCUUCACUGUAAGGAUGGUGCCAGGUUUCCUCCAUACGUGACGCUUGGCAUUCAGGCCAAAGAGUUGAAUCUUGGUUUCAUCAGACCAGAGAAUCUUGUUUCUCAUGGUCUGAGUGUCCUUUAGGUGCCUUUUGACAAACUCCAAGCGGGCUGUCAUGUGCCUUUUACUGAGGAGUGGCUUCCGUAUGGCCACUCUACCAUAAAAGCCUGAUUGGUGGAGUGCUGCAUAGAUGAUUGUCCUUCUGGAAGGUUCUCCCAUCUCCAGAGAGGAACUCUAGAGCUCUGUCAGAGUGACCAUCGGGUUCUUUUUUUCCCCCGCAAAUAUAUAUAUAUAUAUAUACAUAUACAUAUACAUACAUAUACACAUACAUACAUACAUAUAAAUACAUAUACAGUGGGGAGAAGAAGAAUUUGAUACACUGCCGAUUUUGCAGGUUUUCCUACUUACAAAGCAUGUAGAGGUCUGUCAUUUUUAUCAUAGGUACACUUCAACUGUGAGAGACGGAAUCUAAAACAAAAAUCCAGAAAAUCACAUUGUAUGAUUUUUAAGUAAUUAAUAUGCAUUUUAUUGCAUGACAUAAGUAUUUGAUACAUCAGAAAAGCAGAACUUAAUAUUUGGUACAGAAACCUUUUUUUGCAAUUACAGAGAUCAUAUACAGUGGGGAGAACAAGUAUUUGAUACACUGCCGAUUUUGCAGGUUUUCCUACUUACAAAGCAUUUAGAGGUCUGUAAUUUUUAUCAUAGGUACACUUCAACCGUGAGAGACGGAAUCUAAAAAUCCAGAAAAUCACAUUGUAUUAUUUUUAAGUAAUUAAUUUGCAUUUUAUUGCAUGACAUAAGUAUUUGAUACAUCAGAAAAGCAGAACUUAAUAUUUGGUACAGAAACCUUUGUUUGCAAUUACAGAGAUCAUACGUUUCCUGUAGGUCUUGACCAGGUUUGCACACACUGCAGCAGGGAUUUUGGCCCACUCCUCCAUACAGACCUUCUCCAGAUCCUUCAGGUUUCGGGGCUGUCGCUGGGCAAUACGGACUUUCAGCUCCCUCCAAAGAUGUUCUAUUGGGUUCAGGUCUGAAGACUGGCUAGGCCACUCCAGGACCUUGAGAUGCUUCUUACGGAGCCACUCCUUAGUUGCCCUGGCUGUGUGUUUCGGGUCGUUGUCAUGCUGGAAGACCCAGCCACGACCCAUCUUCAAUGCUCUUACUGAGGGAAGGAGGUUGUUGGCCAAGAUCUCGCAAUACAUGGCCCCAUCCAUCCUCCCCUCAAUACGGUGCAGUCGUCCUGUCCCCUUUGCAGAAAAGCAUCCCCAAAGAAUGAUGUUUCCACCUCCAUGCUUCAUGGUUGGGAUGGUGUUCUUGGGGUUGUACUCAUCCUUCUUCUUCCUCCAAACACGGCGUGUGGAGUUUAGACCAAAAAGCUCUAUUUUUGUCUCAUCAGACCACAUGACCUUCUCCCAUUCCUCCUCUGGAUCAUCCAGAUGGUCAUUGGCAAACUUCAGACGGUCCUGGACAUGCGCUGGCUUGAGCAGGGGGACCUUGCGUGCGCUGCAGGAUUUUAAUCCAUGAUGGCGUAGUGUAUUACUAAUGGUUUUAUUGAGACUGUGGUCCCAACUCUCUUCAGGUCAUUGACCAGGUACUGCCGUGUAGUUCUGGGCUGAUCCCUCACCUUCCUCAUGAUCAUUGAUGCCCCACGAGGUGAGAUCUUGCAUGGAGCCCCAGACCGAGGGUGAUUGACCGUCAUCUUGAACUUCUUCCAUUUUCUAAUAAUUGCGCCAACAGUUGUUGCCUUCUCACCAAGCUGCUUGCCUAUUGUCCUGUAGCCCAUCCCAGCCUUGUGCAGGUCUACAAUUGUAUCCCUGAUGUCCUUACACAGCUCUCUGGUCUUGGCCAUUGUGGAGAGGUUGGAGUCUGUUUGAUUGAGUGUGUGGACAGGUGUCUUUUAUACAGGUAACGAGUUCAAACAGGUGCAUUUAAUACAUGUAAUGAGUGGAGAACAGGAGGGCUUCUUGAAGAAAAACGAACAGGUCUGUGAGAGCCGGAAUUCUUACUGGUUGGUAGGUGAUCAAAUACUUAUGUCAUGCAAUAAAAUGCAAAUGAAUUACCUAAAAAUCAUACAAUGUGAUUUUCUGGAUUUUUCUUUUAGAUUCCGUCUCUCACAGUUGAAGUGUACCUAUGAUAAACAUUACAGACCUCUACAUGCUUUGUAAGUAGGAAAACCUGCAAAAUCGGCAGUGUAUCAAAUACUUGUUCUCCCCACUGUACAUAUCCUUAAAAAUAUAUAUAUAUUUCCCUUUAUUACUUUCCAACCCCACCACCCCUUCCCUAAUUGGAGUAAACUAGUGAACAACAAUGCUUAGGCCUCUACUUCCAGCUUAUACAUACUAUAUACAUUUUAUGGACACAGUCAAUUUUACAAUAAUUCUAUUUUGUUUGUUUUUACUCAUAAACUUCCUGUACCCCCAACCUCUCCGAUCAUUUUCAUGAUGUCUAUCCGGUUUGCUUCUAUAUGCCAUAUCUUCCUAACUGUGCUCUUUCACAAAAGCUCUCAACCUAUAACCUAUAUACUUAUUAUGGACACAGUAUGCACCUCCCUGACCAAGGCCCUUCUCCCCGGAUUGCUCAGUUUGGCCGGGCGGCUAGCUCUAGGAAGAGUCUUGGUGGUUCCAAUCUUCUUCCAUUUAAGAAUGAUGGAGGCCACUGUGUUCUUAAGGACCUUCAAUACUGGAACUUGUUUUGGUACCCUUCCCCAGAUCUGUGCCUCGACACAAUCCUGUCUCGGAGUUCUACGGACAAUUCCGUCAACCUCAUGGCUUGGUUUUUGUUCUGACAUGCACUGCCAACUGUGGGAACUUAUAUAGACAGGUGUGUGCCUUUCCAAAUCAUGUACAAUCAAUUGAAUUUACCACAGGUGGACUCCAAUCAAGUUGUAGAAACAUCUCAAAGAUGAUCAAUGAAAACAGGAUGCACCUGAGCUCAAUUUCGAGUCGCAUAGCAAAGGGUCUGAAUACUUAUGUAAAUAAGGUAUUUCUGUUUUUCAUUUGUAAUAAAUGUGAUGAAAAAAAAACAUGUUUUCGCUUUGUCCUCAUGGGGUAUUGUGUGUAGAUUGAUGAGGAAAAUGUUAUAUUUAAUCCAUUUUAGAAUAAGGCUAUAACGUAACAAAAUGUGGAAAAAAUGAAGGGGUCUGAAUACUUUCCGAAUGCACUGUACGUGUGCAAUUGAGUAUGAGUGUGUUUCUUGUGUCUGUGUAUUGGUACAUGUGUGUUUGCUUAUGUCUAUUACAAUGUGUGUAUGUGUUGAAAGGAGGCACACACACCUAGCCUGUUUAUAUGAGGUGUUUGACAUCUCAUAUUCAUUACUGUCUAGCGAUUCAUUAACUUAGGUGUGAUGAAAUGAACAUAGAAUGCAGAGUGCAGAUAAUGAAUUGUGCGGAUUUUGUUUGGGUGACAGGUUCUGAUGGAGUGGGAGAGGGAGGAGAGAAGGAGUGGCUGAGGAAAAGAGUGAUAGAGAGAGUGGUAGAGAGGGAUAGACCACCUCAUCUAGUUGGAGACCAGGGAGAUGAAGGGUGAAAGGAGGGUAAAUGAUAAUAAUCAAUGACAAGUCUAGUUCAAUGUUGUUUCCUUAUUAAUCAAAUACUGAAAGGAUACUGUACACUAUAUAGCACAAUGGUUAGACCACACAAUGAGGGAAGAGGAUAGGGAUGGGUAAAAUAUUAAUUUCAAUUCACGGCUGUCCUUCAACAAAUCUACCGACAGCAGAGAUGUGAAAGGCAGAUGAAAAGACAAAAUAAAUGUAGGGCAGAAAAUUGGCACGAUACAGUAUUGGUCAUUUACUGGUGUCACCCAGAGAGAGAAUGGGAAGUUGCUUUUUUGUCAUAUAUGGCUCCUUAAGUGAUAUGCUAUUAACUGUGGUGGAACUGGUCUAUAUUACAAAGUUACAGCCGAGCAUACGUAUCUUCUCGCAUUCACAUGGGUUCUCCUGGGCUCAUUUAGGUGUUGGUUGUGGGAAGUUGGUGUCAGGGGAAUCUGGGGUCCAUUUGGUCGUCUCUCCAAAUGGUCCAUUGAACCGUUUUUUUCACGUUACAUUCACUUUCAGAAUCUUUAAAUGGACAAACCUGUACAGAAACCAUUGCUAACACCUGCAUUGUUCCAGGUGUUAGUCUCAGUCUGCAGCCAGUGUAGCUGGUGUAUCUGGCAGACAGUGCUGCUGUGUUCUGGGAGGCCCUGGUCCCAUCUGGGUUCUAAUCUGGAUGCUUGAACAGAAACACAGUCAGUCGACAAUAGCGGCAGUUUGCCUCAGGACCUCCCAUACCAAACCCUGUCCCCAAAACUCAUUUAAACAUCCUUUCCCCUGAAACAGAAAGCACAUUUUGUGCAAAAUCUUUUUUUAUUUUUUAUUCAAAGCACCCAAAGGGAAUCUGAAAAUCAACAUUCUUUUGAGUUUGUCAGUGGUGAUGUCUUGCCAUUGAAUUGUUUUGCAGUAGAUCUAAAAAUAAGUGUCUGUAAUAUUGAGGAAUCUCAUUAAAGUAGACAGGUGACUGAGUUUCAUGACCUCUGACCUUCUUCCCCCUCUCUGUUCUGGUCACAGAUAUUUAGUCUUCCUGCAGAUCAAGAGAGAUCUGUACCACGGCCGCCUCCUGUGUAAGACAUCGGAUGCUGCCAUGCUGGCUGCCUUCAUCCUGCAAGGUACAGUGACAGGACCUGACAGGCUGGAUUUGCCUGCCCCACUCUCUGGACUGUAUUUUCAAACUGUAUUCCCCAUCAUAGAGAUAAAUACCAGCCGGGAAAAAAAUACCUGGAUUUCUUAUAAGGAUGUUGUGUAAUCAGUUUGUAAUGCAGAUUAAAUGCCCUGAGGGUUUCUUACCUCCGUAUUGACUGAUCUCUUCUGUAUGAUAAAAAGCAUGAAAUUAGAAUUUCAUGCAGACAACACGUGCACCUCCAUACUAAUUUACACUGUAAAUCCAUAGCUGACAAAGAAAGACAGGACGGCUGAUAAGUAAGAUCAAUGCUUUGAAACGUGGAUGUCAUGCUAGGUUAUAAGGUCUUCUGAUUAUCAGGCAUCUUGCUAUCAGCACUAUCGUUAGCUGUUUAAAAUCAAAUCAAAUUGUAUUCGUCACAUACACAGUUUACAGCAGGUAUAAAAGGUGCAGUGAAAUGCUUAUGUGCUAGCUCCCUCAACAAUGCAGUACAUCAUUCUAUAGCAAUUAUGACAAUACAAAUUGUCACGUCAAAAAUAACAAGUAAUAGAAGUAAUAGGAGAGGUAGUAUGCAUAGUAAUAAUGGACUGUAUUACACUGUAUUUACAAAUAUAAAGUUGGUCACGCAGUGGAAUACAUAGUAUAUAAUAGAACAGCAGCUUUGACUGUGUGUGUGUAUGUAUGUGUGUGUGUUCUGAGUGUGUAUGGGUGCUUGUGUGUGUGUGUGUGUUUGUGUGUACGUUUGUGUGUAAGGGUUGGAUGUGUGGGUAGUUAGUGGAAAUCAUCACUAAGGUGCAAAUAGUCUCUAAGGUGCAGGUCUGUGCAGGGAGACAGCUAGGGUUAGCUGUUCAGCAGUCUAAUGGCCUGGUGGUAGUAGCUGUCUCUGAGCCUGUUGGUCCGAGACCCAAUGCUCUGAUACCGCUUGCCAGAUGGUAACCGAGUGAACAGUCUGUGGCUCGGGUGACUGGAGUCCUUGAUGAUCUUUCGGGACUUCCACAGACACCGUCUGGAGUAGAUGUCCUGCAGGGCAGGGAACUCGCCCCCAGUGAUGUAUUGGGCUGUCCGCACCACCCUCUGUAGAGCCUUCUGGUUGAGGGCGGUGUAGUUGCCAUACCAGGUGGUGAUGCAGCCGGUCAAGAUGCUCUCGAUGGUGCAACAGCAAUACACAAAUUGGCUUAAUUAUUUAUUUACUAACCCCCCCCCCCCUGUUUCCUGUAGUCCACGAUCAGCUCCUUUGUUUUGCUGACAUUGAGGGAGAGGCUGUUUUCCUGGCACCACUCUGCCAGGACUCUAACCUCGUCCCUGUAGGCUGUUUCAUUGCAGUCAACAUCAGGCCCACCACCGGUGUGUCAUCGGUAAACUUAAUGAUGGUGUUGGAGUCAUGCACGGCCACGCAGUCGUGGGUGUACAGGGAGUACAGGAGGGGGCUGAGCACACACCCCUGGGGGGUCCCCAUAUUGAGGGUCAGCGUGGCGGAGGUGUUGUUGCCUAACCUCACUACCUCGGGUCUACCUGUCAGGAAGUCCUGGAUUCAUUUGCAGAGGGGGGUGUUCAUACCCAGAGCCUUGAGCUUAGUGUCAAGCUUGGAGGGGACAAUGAUGUUGAAUGCUGAGAUGUAGUCAAUGAACAGCACUCUCACGUAAGCAUGGAGCUCACACACAGUAGACCCUCCAAAAACAGGCAGGCUGUAUGUUUGAGGGGUACGGCGAGCGAGCCAAAGGCCGCAGAAAGUACAGUAUUAGGAGAAGGCAGGUCCCUUGGCAUGCACCGCUCUGUUCAGGAGGAGGGGCUGCUGCUGAAUUAAAGAUCUGCUGCCUGGUCACCUCCUCGUCCUCUCUCACUGGGGGAAAUAAUUGUCAGAGCCUCAUGAGGGACUUCAGUGUGGCAUGAAGUCACAAAUAAACAACUGCAACCCUGGGCCAGUUUAAAAUGUCGUCAUUAAGAGCUCUGCUGACAACACCUCGGCCAGGGUGCCAGUAAUGUGUGUGUAAAACUGUAUCAAGACUCACCUUAGCCCUAAUAAUUCUUGUUUACGAGGACACACUUCAUAGCAAGUUACAGUGCCUUGCAAAAGUAUUCAAGUGAAUAGUUAUGCACGCUCAAGUUUUCUGUUAUGUUGUCUUAUGUCUUGUUUGUUUCACAAUAAAACAUAUUUUGCAUCUUCGAAGUGUUAGGCAUGUUGUGUAAAUCAAAUAAUACAAACCCCCAAAAAAUCUAUUUUAAUUCCAGGUUGUAAGGCAACAAAAUAGGAAAAAUGCCAAGGGGGUGAAUACUUUCGCAAGCCACUGUAUUUAUUACUGCAAACUGAGAUUCUGUAAAAACAUGUGAUUUUAUGAUUUCUUGUACGGAAUGAUGUGAAUAUUAGUCAUCUUACUGUAUAUACUGUAUGUAACCAUGUAUGGUUAGAGUGUGGUGCUGUGAAAUGGUAGAUACACAAAAAUGUAUGCGCGCAUGACUGUAAGUCGCUUUGGAUAAAAGCGUCUGCUAAAUGGCAUAUUAUUAUUAUUAUUAUUAGAUCAUUUUAUUAACAUUUUUCUAUCUCUGUGUUCCAGCUGAGAUUGGGGACUAUGACCCUGGGAAACAUCCUGAAGGAUACAGCUCUAAAUUCCAGUUUUUUCCAAAACAUUCAGAGAAGCUGGAGAGACGAAUCUCAGAUAUACACAAGACAGAACUGAUGUAAGGACCAAUCAACUGUUCCUGGGUCUCUCUCAACCACUCGCACAUGCAUGCAUGUUCAUGCAUACACACAACAUUCAGCCUAUAAGACAACUCAAAGCACUAACAAGUAUUUUGCGACUGCUUAUUAAUAAUACAAAUCAUUUAUUCAACUUUUAUAGCUCUAUUCAUGACAUAAAGAAAUCCCAAAGUGCUGUAAUUGUUAUCGUCUUGGAGACUAGUUCCUUCACCCUCUUCUCAAACAUUUGUUUCAUCAAACUAGCAGAAACAGCCAGGUAGACUGGCUAAUGGCCCGCUGUUAUUUGAGGGUUUUGUAGAGAGCAGGGUUGAGAUGGUGGAAUUGUCUUGAGCACACAAAUUAGUACUACCUUUCAUUAGUACAGUCAUUAGUGUACUAAUGAUCUGGAAGGGAGUGCAAUGCAUUACACCUAAUGAAGUAGGAUAGGGUCGUGUGUGCACACAACACACACACACAAACACGCACACACACCACUUUCUCUGCCAGCAGGUUAGCAGAUUAAGCAUCACUGAGGGUUUCUUCAUGAUGAUACACAGGUUGUGAAGGACACUUACCACUCUGAUCCUUCACGCUCACCCUCAGGACUCUGAAGGUCAUGUGAUUGAGGCCGCAUGGAUAAUGGUUUAGCCAUAAUGGAUGAGCUAUUUAUCCUCCCGCAAGGCGCUUCUCCUUUGUUUAAACCAUAAUUAGUAUGAGAUAAUGUGCUCUAUAGAAAUGAAACUACAUUGAAACAUGGAUCAGACAUUUUCACUUUAGCUCAGAAGGGAUUUGAAGGUUCUUUGUUUGUUGCCAUUACUGAGUGCUUUGUCUACAGUUGUGGUCAAACGUUUUGAGAAUGACACAAGUAUUGGUCUUCACAAAGUUUGCUGCUUCAGUGUUUUUAGAUAUUUUUGUCAGAUGUUACUAUGGUAUACUGAAGUAUAAUUACAAGCAUUCCAUAAGUGUCAAAGGCUUUUAUUGACAAUUACAUUAAGUUUAUGCAAAGAGUCAAUAUUUGCAGUGUUGACCCUUCUUUUUCAAUACCUCUGCAAUCCGCCCUGGCAUGCUGUCAAUUAACUUCUGGGCCACAUCCUGACUGAUGGCAGCCCAUUCUUGCAUAAUCAAUGCUUGGAGUUUGUCAGAAUUUGUGGGUUUUUGUUUGUCCACCUGCCUCUUGAGGAUUGACCACAAGUUCUCAAUGGAAUUAAGGUCUGGGGAGUUUCCUGGCCAUGGACACAAAAUGUCGAUGUUUUGUUCCCCAAGCCACUUAGUUAUCACUUUUGCCUUAUGGCAAGGCGCUCCAUCAUGCUGGAAAAGGCAUUGUUCGUCACCAAACUGUUUUUGGAUGGUUGGGAGAAGUUGCUCUCGGAGGAUGUGUUGGUACCAUUCUUUAUUCAUGGCCGUGUUCUUAGGCAAAAUUGUGAGUGAGCCCACUCCCUUGGCUGAGAAGCAACCCCACACAUGAAUGGUCUCAGGAUGCUUUACUGUUGGCAUGACACAGGACUGAUGGUAGCUCUCACCUUGUCUUCUCCGGACAAGCUUUUUUCCGGAUACCCCAAACAAUCGGAAAUGGGAUUCAUCAGAGAAAAUGACUUUACCCCAGUCCUCAGCAGUCCAAUCCCUGUUCCUUUUGCAGAAUAUCAGUCUGUACUUGAUUUUUUUCCUGGAGAGAAGUGGCUUCCUCGCUGCCCUUCUUGACACCAGGCCAUCCUCCAAAAGUCUUCGCCUCACUGUGCGUGCAGAUGCACUCACACCUGCCUGCUGCCAUUCCUGAGCAAGCUCUGCACCGGUGGUGCCUCGAUUCCACAGCUGAAUCAACUUUAGGAGACGGUCCUGGCGCUUGCUGGACUUUCUUGGGCGCCCUGAAGCCAUCUUCACAACAAUUGAACCUCUCUCCUUGAAGUUCUUGAUGAUCCGAUAAAUGGUUGAUUUAGGUGCAAUCUUACUAGCAGCAAUAUCCUUGCCUGUGAAGCCCUUUUUGUUCAAAGCAAUGAUGACGGCAUGUGUUUCCUUGCAGGUAACCAUGGUUAACAGAGGAAGAACAAUGAUUUCAAGCACCACCCACCUUUUAAAGCUUUCAGUCUCAUAUUCUAACUCAAUCAGCAUGACAGAGUGAUCUCCAGCCUUGUCCUCAUCAACACUCUCACCUGUGUUAACGAGAGAAUCACUGACAUGAUGUCAGCUGGUCCUUUUGUGCCAGGGCUGAAAUGCAGUGGAAAUGUUUUUUGGGGAUUAAGUUCAUUUUCAUGGCGAAGAGGGACUUUGCAAUUCAUUGCAAUUCAUCUGAUCACUCUUCAUAACAUUCUUCAGUAUAUGCAAAUUGCCAUCAUAAAAACUGAGGCAGCAGACUUUGUGGAAAUUAAUAUUUGUGUCAUUCUCAAAACUUUUGACCACGUCUGUACAAAGUUAGAAAACAAGGUGCUUUCUAGAACCUAAAUGGGUUCUUCGGCUGUCCCCAUAGGAUAACCCUUUGAAGAACCCUUUUUCGUUCCAGGUAGAACAUACUUUAUACUGUGGAAAGCAUGGAGGAUGUGACUGCACCCAAAUGAGUGUAGUCUGAGUUUCAUAGGUAUAGGAGCUGUAAGAUAAUUAUAGAUAAGAUCCUCUGCUGCACUCUAGUGGGUUGUUCACGUCUCACCACCAACAAAACACCUGUCCGUCAUGCCUGGCGUGUGAUCAUGGAAAAUAUCCUUGGAAUGCUGAAGCAGGUGCCUAUUUGGAUCUUUUGAGUGUAUCAGUAAUUCAAGCUUAAGGGUCACGGGCAUAUCUUGAUGUGUUUUUUCCAUUGAUUGUGCUGGAGGUCAGGCUGAUACUCACGUUACUCCAUUGCUAUUGAAUGUUGAAUGGUUGGUGCAUGAUUAAAUGUUAAUGGGUAAAGGUAUCUAGGAUGGUUGACACAGUAUCUGCCUGUCUGGCCAUCUAUUCAGAUCUCUGUGAUCUAUUCAGCAUCUGCUAGCUCAUUCUGGUGAUCAAUCAUCUGUGUAAGGGGAAGAGUUUUGUCACAGUUAAUAUUAUUCACGCAUUUUACCUUUACUUUUCAUAGACCUGGAUGUAUUGAUGUUAAGUAUCUUAAUCAUACAUUGAUGCCAUAUUUGUUGAUGCUCUCUCUCAGUGGCCAGACACCUGAAACAUCAGAGCUGAACUUCCUCCAGAAAGCCCAGAUGCUGGAGACAUAUGGUGUGGAUCCUCAUCCAUGCAAGGUGGCCAAUUCUCACACACUGCUGCUUCAGUUUAAUACAUUUUCAUUUAAAUACCCUUUUUCCCCUCUACUUGAGCUUUGAGGUCUCUCGUGGUAGAACGGAUAACAACUUUCUAAAACAAAUAGCAGCAUAUACAGUUAUGUAGUAUGUUCAGUGCGUGUGUGUAUUUGAUACAGGUAUAUCGAGUAUUGUAUGGUGCCAUUAUGUAAAACACUUUAUUCUGUUUCUGACAGGAUGUAUCUGGAAAUCCAGCCUUUCUUGCCUUCACCCCGUUUGGAUUUGUCGUGCUUCAGGGAAAUAAGAGGGUUCAUUUCCUCAAGUGGUGAGUAGAAUGAUUUCUCCUCGAACCCUGAACCAAAAAACCACAGCUUGUUAUACUGUCACAAUCAACAGAGUGUGUCCAUCUGCCUCUCUCCUCCUGAAAAGAGGUCCAGAAUGCAUACAGUACUUACAGGUGUCUCAUUAUCUUAGCUAGUCGCUACCAUUCUGGGCAUAUGAUUCCACAGCCUGUCUGUUUGAAAUCAACUUGUUUACAGAUUGGAUGCAUAAGAGAAAAACAUGUUUUCAACCACAAUGCAGAAAUGAUCAUGCAUGCAGCAAUGGCUGUAAGAAUCCUCAAAGACAUACAUGGAUCAGUGCUGUAACAUACUAUUCCAUACAGCUCCUCUCAUUAAGCCAGUAACCCACUAUAUUGGGUCUGUAAUAGUUCAAUAGGAGUUAGAUAUUCACUCCUGAUAUAGAAAUCACACCACCUAAUUCAGAACAGUAUGUCUGUAAUACUUACUAAUUCUGGCCAAGUAGACAAUGUGAAUGUUACAAUAUUUAUGGCUGCUUUGUUGGUUUUACCCAUCCCAUGUCCCCAGUUUGCCUGGGGUAUUAUCAGAAAUGUGUUCUGUGAGCCAAAUAUGGAGCUGUUUGUGUGAUCUGCUAGUGGUUGUGAUGAAUUUUUAAAGAGCCUCUCAGUGCAGCUGGAUGUGUGUGUAACUAUCCCCUUUCCUUGUGGGCAGGAACGAGGUGACCAAACUGAAGUUCGAGGGAAAGAUAUUCCAUAUAUAUGCAAAUCAGAAGGAGGUGAGAGUAUUAAUUAUUGUUGUGUGUUGGGGGAGUCAAGCAGAGAGAGCAGCGCAGCAACAUACUUUGACUCUGACAACAGGGCCUGGAGAUACCAUGUUCUAGGCAUACCACAGACCAGUGUGUUCAAUAAACAGCAGUAGUUACAGUAAUGACUCUUGACUUGAAACUCUGAGAUAAACUGUCAGUUUGUUUUAUUUUCCUGCACAUUUAUUUCUAAUGUGCAGGAUAAAAAGAUCAUCUUGACGUACUUUGCACCAACACCUGAGGCCUGCAAGCACCUGUGGAAAUGUGGAGUGGAGAACCAAGCCUUCUACAAGUAAGUGUUGUUCUUCCUCUAAGCCGUAGCUACACACUGUACUCCAGUGCAUCUGUGAGAGCUGUCCAAAGGGUGCUCUCCUCUCACCCUGAAGUGUCCACCUUGAAGUGUCCUUCUCAGAGAGGGGAUGAGACGCGUGGCAACGGUGACCUAUUGUGAGUGAGUGUGUGAUGGAGUGAGACAGUGAACACUCCACAGCUCCUCCAGAGAAAUGAGUGCUCCUUCCGUCUCAGCCAUGACUGAUUGUGUGUGUCCUCUACCCCCCCCUCUGGGAGGUGUUAAAAGAUCCCCAACCCCUGCAGCACAUCAACACAAUAACUGGAGAGAGUCUAGUAAUGGAUGAGGGUGACAGGGAAUGUUGCUAAGGAGCGUGUGGGCUGAGAGAGUGCUCAGGUGAUAUAAGGACACAGAGGAAGGUGGAGGGAGAAGGGGGAAAGAGGGGAGGAAAGGGAAAACGUAGGGCAGCUCACAGCACACAGCGAAAUCGAAUUAGUAUGAUGUGAUUUCCGGCUAUAGGGCUAUAGAUCUCAAUGGGGACUGGUGGAUUUUCACGGACGCCUGGCUCAUUGGCACAGAGUUUCAUACUGCUGUAAUGAAAGACAUCUGUCUGUGAGUGCUAAAUCCCACUGUAUCAGGCACACACCGCACAUACACACAUUUAUCAUUCAGGGCAUUUAUGUAGGGCUUUUAUGUAAUUUUCCCAUAGUUAUAACGCUAUUAUGUCUUACAGAUAGUAUAACUAAGCUAUUAUGUCUUACAUAUAGUAUACUGCAUGCACACAUCUCCAAGGAGGACUAGGCACUAGGCCAUAAUACAUGAGAGUCAGGGUGUUGGUUUCCAGUCCAAGCUGGGCUUAGAGAACCAGAUAGCAUAUAAGAAGGCUGGAAAUAAAGAAGCCCAUUGUAUGUACUAAAAGUGAGAACAGCAAAGUGAGAAUAGGCUGUGAUGCUGUAGGAGGGAGAAUAGGAUCAGUCCACAGACUCCUUACAACGUAAAGGGUAAAAAGUAUUAACAGCUCCCAAAGUUCACCCCUCUUCUCUUUCUUUCCUUUUUCUUUCUUCCCUCUUCCCUUUUUCCCCCUUCAUCAGGCUGGAGAAGUCGAGUCAGGUGCGGACAGUGUCCAGCAGCAACCUGUUCUUCAAGGGGAGUCGUUUCCGCUACAGGUAUAGCAAAUUCUGACAGUGAGUAGAGGGCACUGCAGAGAGCCCACAGCUGUGCUUUAGAGCUUUUCCCUCAGGAGGGGACCUUUACCUGAGCCUGACACCUCAUACACUAGGUUAGAGGACACAGUGGGGACAGGAAAGGGAACAGUGUUUUAGUUGCUUUGAGAACAAUGUUCCAACAUUCAGGUUCCAUUUCAUUCUUUUCAUAUCUGUGAACACCAAAGGGCAAGGGGCGGGAAAAGAACUGGGCAUGUGAAACCUUUUCAAGUUUUAUAGUUAUUGUGUUUCACCUGUUUUAUAGUUAUUGUGUUUCACCACAAUAUGAACUGGAAAUCUAAACGUUCAAAUGGUUUCAAAUGAUUACAGGUGAGUCCAGUGUGUUAUGAUGAAAGGUUGAGUUUGUGUUUCAACAUUUGGUAAUUUUUUUGAUAUUGCAGUAUUGUCUUGAGACAGUGAUUGGGUUAGAGAGUUGGGUUCACCAGGUUAAUCUAAUCUCAGUUCCCAUGUACUGUACUUCUCACUGAACUGCUGUCAGUGUACUGUGUGGCACCUGGGAGUCUGGGGUCUGGUGUGUUUGUGUGUUUGUGUGUUUGUGUGUUUGUGUGUUUGUGUGUUUGUGUGUUUGUGUGUGUGUGUGUGUGUGUGUGUGUGUGUGUGUGUGUGUGUGUGUGUGUGUGUGUGUGUAAGUCUGAGCUCAAUUAUUGUGCUCUAUUGUAGUGGACGAGUAGCGAAAGAAGUAAUGGAGCAGAGUGCCAAAAUCAAACGAGAGCCUCCAGAAAUACACAGGUAAGAUCAAUGCUAUUCACUCGAUGUCAAUGUGGGCAGUGUAUCAUCUCAGAGGACAAAUAUGGGAUGUGUGUGUGUGCAUGUGUGCCUCUGUAUGUGUGUGUAUAUGUGUGUACAUGUGCAUGUUGUAUGUCUCCACAGGGCUGGCCUGGUUCCCAGUAGAAGCUGUCCGUCCAUCACUCAUGGCCCACGCCUCACCAGUGUUCCACGUACCCGCCGGAGAGCCGUCCACAUAUCCAUCAUGGAGGGUAAGAGUUUGACCUGAACCCUGACCCACUAGUCCCCUCAGUCAACACUGGCACUCAAUAACAAUCCCCUCAGUCCCAUAAGAGCCUUCAGGAAUGUGGACAGGAGUGACACAGCUCUGUCAGUUUUCUGUAGCUAUAUGAACAUGUACGGUAGACUAGAUAGUUGUGGGAAUGUGUUGCAACGCUCUAGUUUGGAUCUGUGGUUUUAAAGGUAAUCUGUGGAUAAUUCAAUGGAGCAAUAACAGAGAGGAGGGUGUUAAAUCCAAAGAGUUUUAAAUGGAUCAGGUCCUUGCUCCUAUUUGGGAACCUGUUAUCCCCCCCCCUCCCCAGAACACACACGCAUAUACACACACUGUAACCUGAGCUUGACCAUAUCCCUGCUUGUGGGAGUGGAGGGCUAAGUCGCAGGUGUGUGUGUCACUCAGGCUGCUCUAUAUCAGUGCCAGCUCUCAGCGCUGGGGGUGUGUGUGAGAGAGAGAGGUACAGUGCCUGUACAAGGGCAGCUGGUGCAGCCAUCAGUCAGUACACCUGCCCUGGGGCCUGGGCUCUGGGCUCUGGGGCCUGAACCCUGGGGCCUGGUGGGGCCUGGGCUCUGAGCCUGCAGGUGGGCCUGCUCCUCCUCUCACACACAGUGAUCUGACCUGCCUCUGUCCCUGAGGCUAACCUUGCAGGCUGACACUGCAGCAUGGGCUUGGGUGAACAGGAGCAGCAUGAAUGAAGGUCACUGUUACCUGUCCUUGUCACAGCUGAGUCCCUGCCUGCCUCCCAGUAUGUACACCUGGCUAUACGCAGGCCUGGCUCUAGGCUGCUGCAAUGAGUGAGAGGGUCUGGUGCUGCAUGUCUCAGAGAGCUUUGAGAAGUGCUCACCCAUCACCCAUCACCCCCUGCCUGUGCUGACUGGCUGUCUUACAGUAGUAUUAAUACCCCUGCUGAAAAUAGCCAGGGCCUUUCUCUCCAUGUAUGUCACUGCCCUGGGUGGGGCCUGAACAGGGCCAGUGCUGGCCGUCUGAACACUGCUACAGCAGGACAGUCGCUUUCGCUAGCCCUCAUACUGCCAGCCAAGACAGCAGCCAUCGGUUUAACACACAUAGCGAGACUACCACAUAGCGAGACCACCAGGGCGCUGGGACAGGGACCACCAGGACUGUACAAAGACACACAUGCUUUGAGCUAUAGAAGCUGCCACCAUGGUAAAGUGUCUGAUCCGCAUCACCACCCGGGUGAACGUCCACCUGCGGAUGAUCAACCACUGCUACCGAGAUGUGAAGGUGCGUGUGCUGAGCCUGGGACCCCGGAUGCUGGGAAAGGCCCUGGGCGUCCUGCCCCUCUACCCUGCCCUGACUGGGCAGGAGCCUGGCAGCCUCUCCCCUCUGCCUCCCCCCAUCCUGCCUGGCACCCCUCUGCCUGACUGCCAGCCUGAUGGCCGGCCCCAGUCCAGCACCCCGACAGGUAACCUCAUCAGCACCAUCCUGGAGUGUGUUACACAGUGACCAGAUCUCUUUGUGUUAAAUCACUCCCACCACAUCAAUGUUGACUGAAUGGAAAUGACACCAUGCAUUUGAUGCUGUUGAUGUCUAAUCCUCUAAAUCAAAUGGUCCUUGGUGGUCCUUUGUGAAUGGAGUGUCUUUGGGUCUAUUUCUUGACCUCUUUGAGAUGUCGGUUCAUUUAUACUUUUGUUGGUUUAGACGAAGUCUUGAGUUUAUGGGUCUCAUUAUUCUGGUUGUGAUGGUUGAGGUACAAACUAAUGAGCUGAUCCUGGUUUGUUGUUGAUUUGUGAAGUUAUGAUUCGAUUUUGAAUUCAAUAUAUUUUGAACGAUAUUUUGGCCUUUGGAGGAUUUUGACUUACUUUAUGCAAUGUCCUUUGCAAGAUAUAUUGUGCAGUCAAAUGUUUGUAGGUUGCAUUUUGCAAUCUGCCCUGCAACCAAGCAUAUCCUAGGAUGUACUGAAGGAGAUUACCAAUGAGUAAAGAUGGUCUCUCACUGCCACCCACUACAGAGGCAUCCUGCUUUUGCUUUGACAGAAUCUCAGCAGUCAGCAUGGCUUAACAGAGUUGGCUUAAUCUCUAUUUUGUAAUUCCUUGAGGAGGAUUCUUUCACCUAUGGAUAAAAAGGACACAUAUGAGCAUUAAGAUACGCCUCAUCUUCAGGAGAUGAUAUGUUUAUCCCUCUGCCUCUAUGAAGGUGUAAUAUUGCGGUGGCUGUCUGAGGAAUGGAACAGUCAGCGCAAGCUCAACUCUUUCUCACCCGCAGUGACGUCUCUCCUUUAGCUCGUAUAAAGAGAAUAUAUAGAUUUUGUUUGCAUAUUGAGAAAUGCUGCUUUUGCUUUUUCCAGGGUAAGCAUGUGAUCACCGAUGAGCUAGCAACCUUUAAUGCAUCCUAAAGCUACCUGUAGGCUACCCCAGAGACCAAUACUGUGUUAAUAGUUCUUUAGGAAAUCAUGACUGUUGAAAAUGAGAGCACAGGGAAUUCAAUUGACAUGGGACAUUACUUGAAAUGGAGCUGUUGAAAAUGUUUUCUUAUUUGAGAAUGACCAAAUGCUUUAUAUGGGUGUUUAUUAAUCUUUGCACAUAUCUUAUUUCAUAUUUCUAUGUAUUACUAUCUUGUGGAUUAUGAUAUUCUCCCCCUGUUAUUGCAUAGGCCUAUUCUCUUCACAUUUUGUGAAUUACAGUAGGUUGAAAUUAGCAAUACUUAGUGUGUGUUAUUAUUGUCCUGUACCUUGAGUUGAAGGCCCAUCAAGAGUCCAUAUACAGUACAUAGUUUCCCAGACCUAUAUUAGCUUCUGACUGAAAGAUAAAACGCACACCCACCGUGACCUUCAAGGUUUAGACCUGGGAGGGCUCAGAGUGCUAUGGGACUAAUGAGCAAGCUGCUAAUUAGUAUGGAGCAUGUGUUUGUUGAUCUAUCUCUCUGUCACUGGACAUUCCCCACUCAUCAGACCUUCAUCUAGAUCAGGGGUGUCAAACGAUCAGGCCCGCAAACGGGUUUAAUCCGGCCCGCGAGAUGAUUACAAUUUUUUAUUUUUUUAUUUUUUUAAAGUAUAAGAAUGCGCUGCAAUUUGUCAAUAAAAUAAACUGCUGUUCCAAUUGCGUCCACUGGAUGGCGCAAUAGCAGUUGUGUUAAGCAAGCAAACUGUUUAUACCGGGGCAGAGCAAGUAGGUCAAGCACGUGCAGCCAAUGAGCUACUUUGUUUUGCCCGCGAUAUUUAUUACGGCUUCUACUUUUAACAUUAUGUGCUUUGGCACCCUCAUUGCCCCAAUAUGUCUCUGUCAAAAAAGAGAAAAGUGGACGCAGAGUGCAGAGUGUUCCAAGAAAAAUGGUCAUCCUAUUUAUUCACGGAAUUGAAUGGGAAAGCUGUAUGUUUGGUGUGUUCAGAGCAUGUUGCAGUGCUGAAAGAAUAUAACCUUCGUCGCCACUAUGUGAGUCUUCAUGCCGACAAAUAUGACAACUUUCAAGGACAGCGGAGAUGAGAGAAGGUGAAUGAACUGUUGGCGGGUCUGAAGAAACAGCAGUCUGUGUUUACUCACAGCCGAGACAUCAGUGACGCUGCAGUGAAAGCUAGCUACCUCAUUGCUAAUGAAAUCGCAGUGGCUUCAAAACCAUUUAGUGAGGGUGAAUUUGUAAAAACAUGCAUGAUGAAGGCAGCGGAGAUUGUGUGCCCUGAAAAGCGGCAGGCUUUUGCAAAUAUCAGCCUGACAAGAAACACAGUUGCAGACAGGAUUUCCGAUCUUUCAGUGGAUUUGGACAGCCAGUUGAAGCAAAAAGUAAAGUCAUUUAUUGCGUUUUCGGUUGCAAUUGAUGAAAGCACGGACAUUACAGAUGUUGCACAACUGGCCAUUUUCAUCCGCGGAGUUGAUGACACAUUGACCGUCACCGAGGAGUUCGUGGAGUUGGUGCCGAUGACAGAUACAACGACAGCAGCUGAUAUUUUUACCGCACUCGUCGGCGCGCUGGACAGGGUCGGAGUGGACUGGUCCCGCGCUGUCAGCCUGGCUACAGAUGGUGCGCCCUCAAUGAUCGGGAAAAAAGCAGGCGUUGUGACAAAGUUCAGAGAGAAAGUGCAAUCUGCAAAUGGAGGACGUGAUUUUUUUACUUUUCACUGUAUUUUGCACCAGGAGGCUUUGUGUUGCAAGUCAUUAAAGAUGGAUAACGUCAUGAAGGUGGUCAUCCAAACUGUUAAUUUCAUCCGAUCCAGAAGCCUGAAUCACCGUCAGUUUGACAGCCUUCUCAGAGAGAAAGACCAUAUCUAUGGCCUGCCAUACCACACUGAGGUAAGAUGGUUAAGCCGAGGUGCUGUGCUGAGGCGUUUCUUUGAUUCACGAGAAGAAAUUGAACAGUUCAUGGAAGAAAAGGGCAAACCAGUGUUAGAAUUUCAUUCCGCAGAAUGGAUGCAUUACCUUGCAUUUAUGGUGGAUGUUACAGAGCACCUGAAUAACUUGAACAAACAGCUGCAAGGGCACAACAAAGUUGUCACGCAGUAUUAUGACAGCAUACGUUCUUUCAAGUUGAAGCUGUCAUUGUGGGAGACGCAACUUGCCGGUGGUGAUGCAGCUCACUUCCCCUGUCUGAAAAAUGUGUGCGCGACCCAACAUGUGGCAGACAUGAAGCGGUUCAAAGAUAAAAUAACGGGACUGUUACGGGAGUUUGAGCAACGCUUUCAGAUUUAUGUUUAUAUGUUUUUAUGUUGAUGUGCUAUUGUUUUUAAUUGAUUUUAUUUUAUUUGUAUAUUUAACCUAUUCUUGACUCUGUGGUUCUUGCACUUGUUUGGGGAACAGGAUUUCAUUAUUUUUAUCUACAUUUCUGCCUGAGAAAUGACACCCUGAUAUAGUUCUGUGAUCUGUGAUAUACUUCUGUGAAUCACUGAGGCAUUGUGUGUUUGUGUGUUCUUUGUCCUCAGAACUUUCAAAUAACUUGAGGUGUUUUAUGAUUAAUAGUGGUGUUGUGCUUUUGGACACUGUCCUCAGGCUCCAGCUUUAUGUUUAUAUGUUUUUAUGUUGAUGUGCUAUUGUUUUUAAUUGUUUAUAUUUUAUUUGUAUAUUUAACCUAUUCUUGACUCUGUGGUUCUUGCACUUGUUUGGGGAACAGGAUUUCAUUAUUUGUAUCUACAUUUCUGCCUGAGAAAUGACACCCUGAUAUAGUUCUGUGAUCUGUGAAACAGUUCUGUGAAUCACUGAGGCAUUGUGUGUUUGUGUGUUCUUUUUCUUUAGAAUUUUCAAAUAAACUUGACGUGUUUUAUGAUUAAUAGUGAUGAUGUGCUUGUACUAUUUUGGACACACUGUCCUCAGGCUCCAGCUUUAUGUUGUAUGUUGAUCGUAUUAAAACAAAGAAAACAAUCUGAAGUUGUUGUUUUUAAGUUAUAUAUACCAUGAUUUUUCCGGUCCGGCCCACUUGGGAAUAGAUUUUCCUCCAUGUGGCCCCUGAGCUAAAAUGAGUUUGACACCCCUGAUCUAGAUCAAUGGUCCAGUCCAGACUCGUGUUCAUAUGAUCCAUCAUUUAAGCAAACAGAUUGCAUUAUGUUACUGUAUAAACACACUGAUAUGCCCUCACAGGAUUGAAGCUCUCUCUUAUUAGACAUUAGCACUGUAGUGUCAUGUGUACUGGAAACCCCAUCUGACUCUGGGGAUCUAUGAUAAGGUUUCCCCUCUCAGACUGGUCUGACUGGAGCCUGAGUGUCUGCUGCCUGUAACAGACCUCUUUACACCCUGAUUAUGAACUCCUCUAUACCUGCUGUACCAGUGUGAACACUAGACACUAGAUAGUCUCUAGAUACAGUGGGGGAAAAAAGUAUUUAGUCAGCCACCAAUUGUGCAAGUUCUCCCACUUAAAAAGAUGAGAGAGGCCUGUAAUUUUCAUCAUAGGUACACGUCAACUAUGACAGACAAAUUGAGAUUUUUUUUCUCCAGAAAAUCACAUUGUAGGAUUUUUUAUGACUUUAUUUGCAAAUUAUGGUGGAAAAUAAGUAUUUGGUCACCUAAAAACAAGCAAGAUUUCUGGCUCUCACAGACCUGUAACUUCUUCUUUAAGAGGCUCCUCUGUCCUCCACUCGUUACCUGUAUUAAUGGCACCUGUUUGAACUUGUUAUCAGUAUAAAAGACACCUGUCCACAACCUCAAACAGUCACACUCCACUAUGGCCAAGACCAAAGAGCUGUCAAAGGACACCAGAAACAAAAUUGUAGACCUGCACCAGGCUGGGAAGACUGAAUCUGCAAUAGGUAAGCAGCUUGGUUUGAAGAAAUCAACUGUGGGAGCAAUUAUUAGGAAAUGGAAGACAUACAAGACCACUGAUAAUCUCCCUCGAUCUGGGGCUCCACGCAAGAUCUCACCCCGUGGGGUCAAAAUGAUCACAAGAAUGGUGAGCAAAAAUCCCAGAACCACACGGGGGGACCUAGUGAAUGACCUGCAGAGAGCUGGGACCAAAGUAACAAAGCCUACCAUCAGUAACACACUACGCCACCAGGGACUCAAAUCCUGCAGUGCCAGACGUGUCCCCCUGCUUAAACCAGUACAUGUCCAGGCCCGUCUGAAGUUUGCUAGAGUGCAUUUGGAUGAUCCAGAAGAGGAUUGGGAGAAUGUCAUAUGGUCAGAUGAAACCAAAAUAGAACUUUUUGGUAAAAACUCAACUCGUCGUGUUUGGAGGACAAAGAAUGAUGAGUUGCAUCCAAAGAACACCAUACCUACUGUGAUGCAUGGGGGUGGAAACAUCAUGCUUUGGGGCUGUUUUUCUGCAAAGGGACCAGGACGACUGAUCCGUGUAAAGGAAAGAAUGAAUGGGGCCAUGUAUCGUGAGAUUUUGUGUGAAAACCUCCUUCCAUCAGCAAGGGCAUUGAAGAUGAAACGUGGCUGGGUCUUUCAGCAUGACAAUGAUCCCAAACACACCGCCCGGGCAACAAAGGAGUGGCUUCGUAAGAAGCAUUUCAAGGUCCUGGAGUGGCCUAGCCAGUCUCCAGAUCUCAACCCCAUAGAAAAUCUUUGGAGGGAGUUGAAAGUCCGUGUUGCCCAGCGACAGCCCCAAAACAUCACUGCUCUAGAGGAGAUCUGCAUGGAGGAAUGGGCCAAAAUAGCAGCAACAGUGUGUGAAAACCUUGUGAAGACUUACAGAAAACGUUUGACCUGUGUCAUUGCCAACAAAGGGUAUAUAACAAAGUAUUGAGAAACUUUUGUUAUUGACCAAAUACUUAUUUUCCACCAUAAUUUGCAAAUAAAAUCAUAAAAAAUCAUACAAUGUGGUUUUCUGGAAAAAAUUUUCUCAUUUUGUCUGUCAUAGUUGACGUGUACCUAUGAUGAAAAUUACAGGCCUCUCUCAUCUUUUUAAGUGGGAGAACUUGCACAAUUGGUGGCUGACUAAAUACUUUUUUUCCCCACUGUACAUCUCAUGUCAGUGAUGUCUGGUGUACGCAUAGUGUGCGGAUAGCUGGGGUCUGUAGCCAACUUUACUGGUAUGUUUUUAUUUAUCCUGAGUGUUUCUGUUUCUCUCUCUCCCUCCCUCCCUCUCUCCCUUCACCCUCCUCUCCCCGCCCGCUGCCCUGACAGGUCUGGAGUCGUUGCGUGACAGUGCCCACUCUACGCCUGUGCGCUCUGUGUCCCAUGGGGACUCCUUCAUGCCGCGCUCCCGCAGCCUGGCCACGAACGCCAGCGAGGGCUCGGCGGUGAUCUCUGACGAGGCCUACAGCCCCUCUGACAGCGUGCUGCCCACCCCCGUGGCAGAGCACAGCCUGGAGUUGGCCGUGGCACGCCAGGUCAAUGGAGCCCCCUGCAGCAUCGAGGAGGAGAAGGAGUCAGAGGCGGGCACCCCCUCGGUGGGGGAUGCAGGCGACUUGGCAGACAGUAGAGCGGCGGUAGAGGGUGCAGGGGGGGCCUCGUCGCUCAGCGAAGUGGAACAGGUGAAUAAGUUUGUUUUAAGUGUCCUCCGUUUGCUCCUUGUGACCAUUGGACUCCUCUUUGUCUUGCUCCUCCUCCUCAUCGUCCUCACCGAAUCCGACCUUGACGUUGCAUUUUUACGUGAUAUCCGCCAGACCCCCGAAUUUGAGCAGUUCCAUUACGAAUACUUUUGUCCCCUCAGGCGGUGGUUUGCCUGCAAGCUCCGCUGGGCAGGCAGUUUGCUCAUUAACAAAUGAGAGAGAGAGUGAGGCCGUAGAGUGCGUAAGCCCAUUCGGGGGUUUGAGAAGACGAUUAAGGCUCCGGAGAGAUGGAGGGCUGCCCCGCCCCAACCAUGAACCCAGCUUCUCUCAUGAUACUCCCGCUGACAUACACCUCGGACCACUCCUGGAAUCACUGUGCCAGGAGUUUCUCUCUCUCUCCCUCCAUUUUGAGUUACUCCCCCUUUUUUCCCUUUACGUUAGUUUCUUUUUUACAAAGCCAGAAGACAUGUUAGCAUUUUUUUUUUAUUUCAGGUAUUUUAUUUUUUCAAAAAAUAUAAACAAAAAAAUAUGAAACUGAAAUCAAAGAACUGAAGUAUUUUUAGAACUUUACUUUUUAGGAAGUUGACAUUUUGUUGCAACGAAUGAAAGUUGCCUUAAUUUACUAUUUACUGUUUGGAACAUAAAGCAUUUGCAUACGAGAGGAAUGUGGUGCAAGGAUAUCAGGAAAGCCAUUGAAAUGGUUCAGAACGAAGUGAGAUAGAUACAGUUUUGAAAACAUCCAUCCCCGUCAAUACAUCUAUAAUGGUUUUCAUUGGAUGGUCAUCGAUCAGAACACCUUAUGUGAGGGAAAUUAGAGCAAUGUUCAUUGUGUCUGUCAAAGUGCAAGUUAUUGAAAUUGAGUAAGUCAGGAUGAUUACCAAAUGCCUUUUAUGAAGAAAAAAGUAGAUGAUAUGAAGACUGUUUUGAAUUUGGCUGAUUGUUUUAAAGUUAUACUUUAGUGGAAAUGCAACUACUGUACGUGUAUAAAGUAGAAGCUGUGAAGUUGAAAUCCAUUUGUUAAAGUUUUAUAAAGGAUACAGUUAAAUAAACCAGUAAUCAUGGUGUUUUGUGACCCCAUCGUGUCAGUAGCUGUUAAAAGUGUUGAUGAUCAACCUCUUCAAAACACUCACUAGCACCAAUAGAACCAGUCUAGGUAGAUGUCGGUAGGUAGGUCGCAGUUGUAAAUGAGAAC